AUGGCGGGGGGACCAGAUGCCCUGCGGGAGAGCAGUCACCUGUGGCUCGGGAGGGACAGAAACUCUCCCACAUGGUCAGGAAGUGACACAAGGCAGCAGCUGAGCCCGAGGGCCCUGUUUGCUGGGGUACCAUGGAGCUGUUGGGGUGCUCACCCACCUUUCUGCCUUCCCCAGCUCCAGAGCAUUGCUGAAAAGGACAACAACUUGGUGCCCAUAGGAAAGCCAGCGUCUGAGCACUAUGAUGAGGAGGAGGAGGAGGAUGAUGAAGAUGAUGAAGACAGCGAAGAGGACUCAGAAGAUGAUGAGGACAUGCAGGAUAUGGAUGAGAUGAAUGAUUAUAAUGAGUCUCCUGAUGAUGGGGAGAUCAAUGAGGUGGACAUGGAGGGGACAGAGCAGGAUCAGGACCAGUGGAUGAUCUGAUUCUGCUACAACCACACCAAACUGAAGGCUGGGGGAUAACUUUUGCCCCUCACAGCUCUGGGGGACAGUUCAGUGAAGCUCCUCCUGCCGUGGGUGCUGUGUGGGGCAGGGGGGUUCUGAGGGGAGACUGCCACCUGGCACAUUGGAGCUGACACAUCUUUUCUAAUAAACUCAGUUUUCAAGAAAACAA